AUGAAGUACAUACUCGUGACGGGUGGCGUGAUCAGCGGCGUCGGCAAAGGAGUUAUCGCCAGCUCGUUCGGAACAUUGCUGAACGCAUGUGGCAUACCGAUAACAUCGAUCAAGAUCGAUCCUUACAUUAACAUCGAUGCUGGAACGUUUUCACCCUACGAGCACGGCGAGGUGUUCGUGCUUGACGAUGGCAGUGAGGUAGAUUUGGAUCUCGGUAACUACGAGAGGUUUUUAGAUGUUGUCCUACACAAAGAUAAUAAUAUUACUACCGGCAAGGUGUACAAAAUGGUGAUCGACAAGGAGCGCAUCGGAAUGUAUCUUGGAAAAACCGUGCAAGUGGUGCCGCACAUAACAGACGCUAUACAGGAAUGGGUCGAACGGGUUGCAGUAACGCCAGUAAAGGACGAUAUAGUGCCGGAAGUUUGCAUUAUCGAGCUGGGCGGAACGAUUGGUGAUAUCGAAGGGAUGCCAUUCGUCGAAGCCUUCCGUCAGUUUCAGUUUCGCGUAAAGAAGGAAAACUUUUGUGUCGCACACGUAUCACUCGUGCCAUUGCCCCGUGCUACGGGUGAACCGAAAACCAAACCAACGCAAGCAAGCGUUCGUGAAUUGCGUGGUUUCGGUUUAAGUCCGGAUAUGAUAGUGUGCCGAUCGGAGAACCCCAUCGGUGAUGAGGUGAAGGACAAGAUCAGCAACUUUUGUCACGUUUCACCGAAUCAGGUGAUCUGCAUACACGACCUGUCAUCGAUCUAUCACGUGCCGCUGCUGAUGGAGCAGUCGGGUGUGAUCGACAUAUUGAAAGAGCGUCUUCACUUGAACCUUCCCACUCCGAGACCGGCGAAUUUUAUGCAAUCUUGGCGCGAUCUAGCGGAACGGGUGGAUAAUGUGUACAAAAAGGUGAACAUAGCCCUGGUCGGCAAGUAUACCAAGCUGCAAGACUCCUAUGCAUCCGUGAUAAAAUCGCUUCUUCACGCAUCCAUCGCGGCCGGCUAUAAGCUGAACCUGACGUUUAUCGAUUCGUCCAAUUUAGAGCGGUGUACUAAAAUGGAAAAUCCCAACCUCUACUAUGAUGCGUGGCAUGAUCUGACUAACAGCCAUGGUAUUGUAGUGCCGGGUGGAUUCGGUUCCCGUGGCAUUGAAGGAAAAAUCCGUGCCUGUCAAUGGGCGCGCGAAAAUGGUAAACCAAUGCUUGGCAUCUGUCUAGGAUUGCAGGCCGCCGUCAUUGAAUUUGCGCGUAAUGUAUUGAAAUUGGAGGACGCGCAUUCAACCGAAUGUGACGAUACAACGACCAACCCGCUUGUGAUUGAUAUGCCCGAACAUCAUACUGGCAUACUAGGAGGAACCAUGCGACUUGGAAAGCGUACAACCAUUUUCCGGGGCGACAGCAAAAUACGCCAGCUGUAUAACAACAAGGAAUACAUUGAGGAGCGUCACCGUCACCGUUAUGAGGUUAAUCCAAAGUACGUUGAGCAGCUACAGUCACACGGUAUGCGCUUUGUCGGUACUGACUCGGAAAAGGAGCGUAUGGAAAUCAUGGAGCUGGAAGAUCACGUCUACUACGUAGCGACCCAGUUCCAUCCGGAGUAUCUGUCGCGUCCGUUAAAACCCUCGCCACCGUUCCUUGGACUGAUUCUUGCCUCGGUAGGCAAGCUAGCAUCCUAUUUGGAGGAUGGAGCAAAAUUGCUUCAUCAGCGGUGCAACGCCGCCGCCAACCCAUCGAUGUCGGUGCGCGACAAUUCGACUGAUAAUGAUCUCCAGCAGAUUCGCGAACGAGCCAACGGGGUACACCACGAGGCCAAAGCAGCGGUCCCCGUUACACACAUGAACGGCGAUGCCAAGCUGAACGGAGUGUACGAAAAUGGAACGGAUUAA